AUGUCCUCCGAAAAUGAUACCAAAGCCAUCACCCAGAAAGAGCUCAAAGACGUCAAGGAGGACAGUGUUGUCGGACCCAUCGCACAAACUACGACUGUGGACAGUAUGAACGAGAAGCAAGGCGAUAUUCGUUAUCGAAACCGAGUUGGCGACGAAAUCGAUAUCACGACCAUUCAACCAGGCACAGAUAAGGUGUAUGAAGCCAAAAUUGUGCUCUUGAACCAAGCAAUCCUUGAUCUGGGCAUGGGCAAGUACCAAUGGCUGACUGCAUUACUUACCGGCUUCGGGUGGUACAUAGACAACUUCUGGCUACAGGCAAUCACGAUUAUUAGUCCAUUUGUGAAGGCUGAAUUCGUGGUUAAGCGCAUAGCAUUCCUCACUGUAGGAAAAUAUGUGGGAUUGGUGCUUGGAUCCUCACUUUGGCCGAUCACGGCAGAUUAUAUUGGUCGGAAGCCAGCCUUCAACAUUACACUCGGUCUUUCUUCCGUGGCUGGGCUAAUAGCUGCGGGUUCGCCCAAUUUCACCGCUAUCACAACUUUGUGUGCGAUCGUUGGACUUGCUACGGGUGGAAACCAGCCAGUGGAUUCUGCCAUCUUCUUGGAGCUCAUUCCCGCUUCUCACCAAUACCUCUUGACAAUGCAGUCAGCAUUUUGGUCAGUUGGGCAAGCCGUAGCCGUCUUGAUAGCAUGGCCACUUGUUGCAAACUAUUCUUGCCCGACUUCCACACCUGCAGGUGAAUGCGGCUAUCACCAAAAUCUUGGCUGGAGGUAUGCUUUAUGGACCUACGGAGGCAUCAACUUUGCUAUGUUCGUCGGCCGAUUUGUUUUCCCACUACAUGAAAGCCCAAAGUAUCUCUUAGGUAGAGGGAGAGAUGCCAAGGUUGUCGAGGUCAUACAUAAGAUCGCCGCAUACAAUGGGGCCACAUCCUGGCUCACAAUUGACCAUUUUGAGCAAAUCGACAGAGAGGUGGCAUCCGAGAGCAGCUCAGCUCAUCAGUUGACGGCGAAAAGCGUCAUCAGAAGCAAUUUGGCCAAGUUUGAGCCACAGAAGUUGAAAGGCCUUUUCUCGACUCCCAAGAUGGCUUUCUCGACAAUCUGUAUGAUUCUUCUCUGGUGCAUGAUCGGCAUGGCCUACCCACUCUACAACUCGUUCAUUCCACUCUACCUUGCUGAUAAGGGCGUCACCUCGGGAAACAACACCAUCAACAGCACUUACAGGACAUACUGCAUCCAAGCUGUCUGCGGUAUACCUGGGUCCAUAAUUGCCGGUCUUGCCGUCGAUGUUAGACGUAUCGGCCGGAAAGGAGUGGGUGUGCUCUCGUGUAUUCUUACUGGCGUCUUCUUGUUCUUGUAUACUCGAGCCAACAGCUCCAGUGCAAUCCUCGGGUUUUCGUGUGCAAUCUCGUUCUUCCAGAACAUUGUGUAUGGUAUUCUCUAUUCCUAUACUCCUGAACUCUUUCCUGCGCCAAUUCGUGGCUCAGGAAACGGUCUCGUUGCCGUGUUCAAUCGGUUUUCUGGGUUGGCAGCCCCGUUCAUUGCAGCCUAUGUUGGUGUAAAUAAUUCCCCAAUCUGGGUUUCGGCGGGGCUGUUCAUUGUAGCUGGAGUGGUAUUUGCAAUCCUCCCGUACGAGAUGCGCGGACGUGCAGCAGCGUAG